GCAUUAUUAUUGCCUAGCACUUCAUACCACCCCCCCCCCCCCCCCCCCACACACACAAUAACCCACAGACACAACCAAAUAGAGAGAGAGAAAGAGAGAGAGAGAGAGAGGAGAAGAAGAAGGUCACACAAUAACCCACAAACACAACCAAAUAGAGAGAGAGAAAGAGAGAGAGAGAGAGAGAGAGAGAGAGAGAGGAGAAGAAGAAGGUGGAAAUGGCUGUAGCUGCUGAUAAUGAAAAGCCCCAUGCAGUGUUCAUACCAUUCCCAGCACAAAGCCACAUGAAAGGACUGAUGAAACUAGCAAAACUCCUCCACCACAGGGGCUUCUUCAUCACCUUUGUCAACACUGAAUUCAACCAAAACCGAUUCAUCAAAACCACGGGACCCGAUGCUCUCUCCGCAUUGCCGGAUUUCCAGUUCAAAACAAUCCCAGACGGGCUUCCCCCCUCUGAUCCUGAUGCCACCCAAGACGUAGCUUUGCUGUGCGGAUCGAUUCGACGGAACUUCUUAACCAUGUUCCGGAACCUUCUCAAAGAACUCAACGACCGGUCCGCUAAUUCCGAGAAUCCGCCGGUGACGUGUAUAGUCGGAGACGGUGUGAUGCCGUUUACAAUAACGGCAGCUCAAGAGCUUGGGAUACCGGUUGCUGUUUUCUGGACUUUCCCGGCUUGUGGGUAUAUGGGGUUUUAUCAGUAUCGGGCUCUUCUCGACAAAGGCUAUACACCACUUACAGAUGCGAGCCAGCAAACAAAUGAGUAUUUGGAAACAGAAAUAGACUGGAUUCCUGGAAUGAAAAACAUCCGCCUAAAGGAUCUUCCGACCUUUUUCCGAACAACUGACGCAUUAAACGAUGACAUAUUCUAUUUAGCCAUGGAAUCAGCACAUAAAGCUUUGGAAGCUUCAGCGUGCGCUAUCCAAACUUUUGAUGCAUUGGAACCGGAUGUGUUGGAUGCCCUCCGUUCGAUGUUUUCCCAUGUUUACACCAUUGGCCCUCUCCAGUUUCUUCUCAACAAUGUGAAAGAUGAAGAAAAAGACCAGCUGGAUUCUCUUGGAUACAGUUUGUGGAAAGAAGAACUGGGGUGUCUCCAAUGGCUUGAUUCCAAAGAACCUGAGUCUGUCGUCUACGUUAAUUUUGGUAGCGUCACAGUCAUGUCGCAGCAGCAGCUGGUUGAGUUUGCUUGGGGUCUUGCAAAUAGCAACCACUACUUCUUAUGGAUAAUUAGGCCUGAUCUGGUCACCGGCGAGUUGGCAAUGCUGCCACCUGAAUUUGUAACAAGCACAAAAGAAAAAGGUCUUAUAGCAGGGUGGUGCCCCCAAGAGGAAGUCUUAAACCACCCAUCCGUUGGAGGGUUCUUAACACACAGCGGGUGGAACUCAACUAUCGAGAGCUUGUCUUCAGGGGUGCCCAUGAUGUGUUGGCCGUUUUUCGGGGAUCAGCAGACGAUCUGCAGAUAUGCUUGCAAUGAAUGGGAAGUUGGAAUGGAGAUCGAUAACGAUGUGAAGAGGGAGGAGAUACAGAUACGUGUGAGGGACCUAAUGGGGGGAGACAAGGGGAAGAGAAUGAAGAAGGCGGCUAUGGAGUGGAAGGAACUGGCAGAGAAGGCUACGGGUCCACAUGGAUCGUCUUCUUUGAAUUUGGAGAAAUUGGUGAAUGUGUUGCUGUCAAAAACCUAGAUGUUACAAGUUAAAAGCCGUGUUGAUCAAAUGUUUUGAGGCGGGUUUGGUUUGGGUUAUGAAUUGCUCUCAAUUUUUUGUAACACAUUCGUUAUGAUCAAGCUUGAGCCUCGAUCUUGCUUUGUUUCUGUUUUGAUCUUUUCUUUUCAAUAAAAGUUUAUGUCAACAUUGGAUGGAAA